AUAGAGUCUGCUAUAAAACGGGCACACAAGCGCGCCUGGAUCGAUCAGUGAGCACCUCACUCCAAGGCGAGCUAAUUAGCUGUAGCUGAAUCUUGAUCCAGAACCGGCCAUGGCGAUCACGGCCGUGAAGCUGGCGGUGGUGGUGCUGUGCGCGGCGGCGGUGGCGGCGGCGGCGUACACGGAGCCGGUGGAGGACUGCCGGACGCAGACGACCUACUUCAGCAACUGCCUGGGGCGCGGCAUCAAGGAGGCCUGCUGCGGCGUGGUGAAGGACCACGGGUGCCUGUGCCAGCUGAAGCGGGAGGCGGAGGUGCACUGCAUCCCCGGCCGCCGCUGCUCCGUGCCCAAGGCCCUCAAGAUCGCCGACAUGGACCUCCCCUGCAUGAAGAACCUCAGGUGCAGCAAGCACGCCUAGGCUAGCCAUAUCGACCUAUAAGCUGCAGACAGAUAUGCAUGCCUGCAAGUUAUUAUGCGCUUUGUUUGUUAAUUAUUAACUACUGUAUCCUAUGUUCUUUUAAUUCUGGAUAAUUAUUUUGAAGCAAUCCGGCCUCCCUGCCAACCCUGAUCUAUAUAUACUGUUGUAUCCUAUGCAUGUAUUAUCAUAUAUGCAUUAAUUGUUCUCUGAGCGCGCAGAAUGUAUGUUUCUUACAUCUUUUUAGCUUGUAGCUCCUUUCGAUAUAUAUUAU